AUGUUGAUUUUGAUAUUUGCUACGCAACCGAAUUACAUUCUUUUGGUUUAUUGCGAUUGCUUUUGGACCAUCAUGGACGCUUUUCUUGGGAAGUUUGUUGAUUUUGGAGUAAAUAAGUUCAAAAGUAUCAACGACUUUGAUGAGAAUUUGGAAACUCUGGAAAGAAAUGUAAAGCUAUUAUCAGAUAGAGCAUCUGAUGUGAAGACAAAUGUUGAGAAUCGAGAGCGAUUUGGGAAGAAGAAGAGGAAAAGAGAAGUUGGUUCUUGGUUUGAUGAGGUUAUGAAGGUCGAAGAAGGAUUACGUGCGUUAAAAGAAGAAGUAACACGAGGGAGGAAAAAUGGAGGUGCUUUGGAGAAGAUGAAUGGAAGGGUUGGAGAACUUCUAGAGCAAAGUAAACAUUUUGGAACGCUUGUACAUGAUAUGUAUGAGAGCGAGGAGUGUCUUUUACUGGCGCCUCAAGUUCACGAGGAAAAAUCAAAACAAAAUUUAGAAGCGAUUUGGACAUGGUUACAUGUUGAAAAUGUCUCAAGCAUCGGUAUUUAUGGGAUGGGAGGUGUGGGCAAAACGACUUUGGCAAAGCAUAUACAUAAUCGUCCUGUUAAUGAGAUUCAUUAUCAAGUCCGUUGGGUUACUGUUUCUCAAGGGUUUAGGAUCAAAAGAUUACAAGAUGAUAUUGCCAAAAUUGUAAAGCUGGACCUUUCAGAUGAAGUUGAUGAGCUUAGAAGGACAGCCAAAUUAAACCGGGCAUUCGAAGAAAGGAAGAACAUUGUUAUCAUAUUGGAUGAUGUCUGGGAUCGCCUUAGCUUGGAGAAGUUGGGUGACCCUCUUGGUGUGGAAGGGCUAGGAUAUGAGAGCGUGGCGAGGUCCGGAUAUCGAGCUAGUUGCGAUUCUAACUACUCGCUCAAGAGUCUAGCAGAUGAGAAUGUGCUUAGUCCAGAUAUCGAGCUAGUUGCGAAAUCCAUGGCAAGAAGGUGCAAGGGCUCGCCAAUUGAGCUCAUCACUUUGGUAGGAAGCAUGAGAGGGGUGACUGAUAUGAGGGAGUGGAGGAACGCUUUGAAAAUUGAUUCUUUGCCAAAUCUUGUUGGGCUUUUGUCGGGUCUAACAGAAUUGAGUAUCACAGGGUGCGAUAAGAUGAAGAAGUUGUUUCCAUGGGCUAUCUUUCAGGAUCUCAAAAACCUUGAGACUCUUGAGGUAAUUGAGUGUCAUGAGAUGGAAGAGAUAAUAGCAGAGGAAGCAACUGACCAAGAUGGAAGUCGGCAAUUAGGUACAAGAAGUGACAUUCUCAUCCUUCCAAAGCUAAAAAAGCUCAGACUGUCCUUCCUGCCUAAAUGGAAGAGUAUCUGUGAGGGAAAACUGGUCUGUGAUUCCCUUGAAUAUAUGAGGUUUCGUAGGUGCCCCAAGCUGAAGAAGCUGCCUUUCUAUGCUCCCACUACAAAUGCACAUCCUCUUCCAGCCCUUAAAAUCAAAGUUGAAGAAAAUUGGUGGGAAACAUUGGAGUGGGAACAAUCCCAUCUCAAGACCCUCUUCCAACCUCACAUUAAAUAUCUGCGCUACUAAGAGUCCAUUUCGAGUUUUUUUUUUUUUUUUUUUUUUUU